AUGAAAAAACUAAAGCACAUGUCUUGGAGGACAGUGUGGGUGCUGCUGGGCGUUGGUUUCAUCUGGUGUCUGAGUUUUCCAUAUUUCAUCCUGAGCAAUGCUGACCAGGAGGGCAUAGGUGUGACUGGUCACAACAGACUGGGGCAACAUGGCAAACUGUGGAUAGAAAAAAGCAGGGCUGAAGACAUAAUGAAGAGUAUUAUCAAGUUUGGGGAUGAUCUCCUGAACAUCAUGGAAUACUCUGAUGCUUUCUCUCCCCUACCUCCUUUGAAGGACUACAAAGAAGAAUUUAAGGCACUCCAGAUUAAAAUGGAGGCAGAGAAAGAAAAAGGACAAAUGAAGAAUGAGAUGAUAAAGGAGCUGCGUUCUGAUAAAGUCCAUCUGGAGCAACAAUUGACUCACUUGGAGGGACUCCUAAAGCUAAUGGCGGAGAAGGGACAGAAAAAAGUCCAACAAAUAAAAUCUGAUGAUCAAAUCAAAGAGGAUGAAAAUUGCCCACUGCCACCCAUGGAUGGAUACCCAAACUGUGAGGGGAAAUUGAAGUGGAUGAGGGAAAUGUGGAAGACUGAUCCUUGUUAUAGCAGUUAUGGGGUGAAUGGGUCCCUGUGCUCCAUCCUCAUCUACCUCAGCGAGAUAGAAUCCUGGUGCCCUUUGCUUCCAGGCCGAGAGGUCUCAUCAGCUCAAGUGGAAAACUCUAAGACGGGGUCUGACCAAGCUGUGGUACGGGCAAGUCUAGAAGGUCUGUAUCCAUCUCUGGAAAAAAGAGUCCAGUUUCGAUGGAUUCACCAAAGAAUUCAAAGUAUGGAAGAGAUUUGGGUCGAAGCCGGACGCUCUUUUUCAGCCAAAUACAUCCUCACAGAGCAGAAAGCCAAACAGAUCCUUGUGCAUCCCGGUGUGGUGACAGAAGAAUCAGGUCUAAAAAUAGCAGAGAAUGCAUUCAAUGGUGGCCCUCUUGGGGAACUAGUCCAGUGGAGUGACCUCAUCUCAACACUUCACAUCCUAGGUCACCAUCUUCACUUUUCUGCCUCUAUAGCUGAUCUGAAGGAUUUUCUAGGGGUUAAGACAGGUGGUUGCCCACCUCCUCAUUCAAAAGUGGAAGCAAACCUGAUCUAUACAGACAUUAUUGGCCUUAGACAGUUUCAGAAAGUACUUCAGACAUCCUGGAUCAAAUACAAAUGUAGGAUUCGUGUUUUGGAUUCUUUUGGAACUGAGCCAGACUUCAAUCAUGCAGCUUGGGCCCAAAAGCACAACCUUAAGAGUCCAUUUGGAGGCCUCAAUCUGAUCCCAGCGCAGUUCUACUCCAUGUUCCCUCAUACACCAGACAACACUUUCCUGGGCUUUGUGGUGCAGCACCAGCUGAACUCUGGAGAAACUGAGCUGCUCAAAUCUACCAAGAGACAAAACCAGGCUCUCGUGUAUGGCAAGAAUGCCAAGUUUUGGAAGGGAAAAGGGGCUUAUCUGGAUAUUAUCCACAAGUACUUGGAGAUCCAUGGGACAGUUGACGACAGCACUCCGAUUCCAAGCUAUGUGAAAAACCACGGCAUUAUCAAAGGGACUGAGGUGCAGACCCUGCUCAGACAGAGCAAGGUUUUUGUGGGGUUGUCUUUCCCAUAUGAAGGCCCUGCCCCGCUGGAGGCCUUAGCCAAUGGUUGUGUUUUCCUGAACCCCAGGUUACACCCUCCGCAGAGCAGCUUGAACACACAGUUCUUCAAAGGAAAGCCCAACCUCAGAGAGCUGACAUCGCAGCAUCCUUAUCUUGAGGCCAUAGGAGAGCCCUAUGUAUGGAUGGUAGAUAUGUACAACAAAACAGAUGUGGAGAACGCUCUCACUGCUAUACUCAAACAAAAUAUUGAGCCCUACCUUCCCUUUGAGUUAACUUGUGAAGGAAUGCUCCAGAGGGUCAACAUCCUGAUUGAAAAACAGGACUUCUGCUCCAGUACAGGGAGCUGGCCCCCACUGAGCGCGCUCCAGGUGUUGAAGGCAGAGGCAGGUACUUCCUGUAAACAGGCAUGCCAGAGGGUGGGGCUGAUCUGUGAACCGGCAUUCUUCCCAUAUCUUAACAGCAGCAAGAAUCUUGCCAACUACAGUGUAGAUUGUCAAACAUCAGAGGUUUCUGACAGUCACGUGGUGCUCCCAGCCUACAACCACAGUCGUAAACACUGUCUGUUCCAGUCUGAUCCCCUGCUCUUCAGCUGUGUGAGAUCGACCCAGUCCCUGAUUCGCAUCUGCCCCUGUAGGGACUACAUUAAGGAUCAGAUAGCCCUAUGCAGGGCGUGUGUCUAA